AUGCCUCUUGUAGCAUCCACCGGCAAGCCUAGGGCCAUCCUGGGCCUGAUGACCUACGGCCUAGACACCAGCACAGGCGCCCGCAUCACGUCUCUAGACGAGUUCAACCAGCACCUAGACUACUUCCAGUCGCAAGGUUACAACGAAAUCGACACUGCCCGCAUCUACAUCGCCGGCCAACAAGAAGCCUUUACGCGCCAGGCUCGCUGGAAGGAGCGCGGCCUGAAGCUAGCCACCAAGGCCUACCCAACACAACCAGGCAAACACAAGCCGGAAAACCUGCGCAGCGAUAUCGAGACCUCGCUCAAGGAAUUGGGCACCGACCAGGUGGAUAUAUUCUAUUUGCAUGCUCCGGAUCGGUCGGUCCCAUUUGCUGAGACGCUGGAAGAGGUUAACAAGCUGCACAAGGAGGGCAAGUUUGUGGAGCUGGGUCUGAGCAACUACACGGCUUUUGAGGUUGCGGAGAUUGUGACGCUCUGUGCUGAGCGUGGCUGGGUGCGGCCGACGAUUUACCAGGCCAUGUACAAUGCUAUCACACGAGCAAUCGAGACAGAGCUCGUCCACGCGUGUCGCCGGUACGGCAUCGACAUUGUUGUCUACAACCCUCUUGCCGGCGGUUUAUUGUCUGGCAAGAUCAAAAGCAAGGACAUCACCCCGGAGGACGGCCGCUUCAGCGACAAAACCGUUUCGGGCCAGCGCUAUCGAGACCGCUACUUCAAAGAAGAAAUAUUCAAGGCUCUGCAGAUAAUCGAAACCGCCGCUGCCAAGCACAGCCUGACGCUGCCCGAGGUUGCGCUGCGAUGGACGGCACAUCACUCGGCGCUGAAGAUCCAGAAUGGUGGCAAUGAUGGGGUUCUCGUUGGUGUCAGCAGUCUUGAUCAGCUCAAGAGUAAUCUCGCGGAUCUGGAAAAGGGUCCGUUGCCACAGGAUGUGGUUGAUGCGUUGGAUGAGGCGUGGCUGGUGUCAAAGGCGAGGACGACGAAUUACUGGCAUCUUGAUUUAAACAAACGCUUCAAAAUCCUCGUCGUCAACCCCAACACAUCCACACACAUGACCGACGCUCUCAAGCCGAUUAUCGAACAACUCAACUACACCGACAUCCACUUUGACUACUUCACCGCACCACCCCAGUCCGUGACUCUGCCCGAUGGACGAGUCAUCGAUGGCAUCCCCAGCAUAAACUCUGGCGAAGACUCUGUUAAAUCCGCGCACCAUUGCCGGCCCUUUGUCGAGCCGCUGAUUCCGCAAUACGACGCGUUUCUUGUAGCUUGUUACUCUGCACAUCCGCUGGUAGGUAUGCUCAGGGCUACUAUUGCAGGAUUGGAAGCGAAAGCGCGACAGGAACAAUCAGAGACGCUGUCCGUGCUGGGUGGCGAGUUCUCGGUCAAGACACGGAGAUACGUGACGGGCAUCUUUGAAGCCAGCGUGUCCAGCUCGUUGAUGCUGAUUAGUGCGUUUCAUUUACAAGGAGACUGGAGUCUGCACAAGGUGCAGGCGCAGGAUACGUUUGGUAUUGUCUCGACGGGCGCGGUUUGGAAGCCCGAACUCACUACAGCCGUGACCGCGAUGCUCAAUGGGCCAGACGACAAAUCUGCUAUUGUUUCUGAAGGAUCCUCCUCAGUGCCUCGCUUCGCAGGUGUCGAGACGACUGGUCUGACCGCAGGCGAACUACACGACACACCGGCCGAUGAAGUGCGCAAACGCAUGAGCGAUGCCACGGCCAGACUGCUCAAAAACACAUCGCGGCCUGUUCGCGCCGUGUGUCUGGGCUGUGCAGGCAUGGCGGGUAUGGGCGAAGCCGUGCGCGCUGGAUGUAUCCAAGCAUACGGUCAGGCUGAAGGGGAAAGUGUGCAUAUUGUCGAUGGAGUUGUGGCGGGGGUUGGAGAAAUAAUAACCAUCCAAGCCGGCCAAUGCGGCAAUAACGUUGGAAGCCAAUUCUGGCAGCAGCUCUGCCAAGAGCAUGGAAUUAAUCAGGAUGGGAAUCUGGAAGACUUUGCGACCGAGGGCGGAGACCGCAAGGAUGUUUUUUUCUACCAGAGUGACGAUACACGAUAUAUCCCUCGGGCUAUUCUACUCGAUCUCGAGCCUAGGGUGAUCAAUGGCAUCCAAACCGGACCGUACCGAAACAUCUACAACCCCGAAAACUUUUUUAUAGAUUCACAAGGCAGCGGUGCAGGAAACAAUUGGGCGUCGGGCUAUGCGCAGGGCGACCAGGUACAGGAAGAAAUUUUCGAUAUGAUUGACCGCGAGGCCGAUGGUAGUGACUCUCUAGAGGGCUUUAUGCUUCUGCACUCCAUCGCGGGAGGCACAGGCUCCGGGCUGGGAAGCUACAUGCUCGAACGCAUGAAUGACCGAUUCCCCAAGAAACUCAUCCAAACGUACUCGGUGUUUCCGGAUGCCGGGGCGGCCGAUGUUGUUGUGAAUCCGUACAACAGUCUUUUGACGAUGCGCCGGUUGACGCAGAAUGCAGACUCGGUGGUGGUGCUGGACAAUGGCGCUCUGUCACGGAUUGUUGCAGACAGAAUGCACGUCGCGGAGCCGUCGUUUCAACAGACGAACCAGUUGGUAUCGACUGUAAUGUCCGCGUCAACAACAACCCUCCGCUAUCCCGGAUACAUGCACAACGACCUCGUCGGCAUCAUCGCUUCCCUAAUCCCGACACCACGCGCGCACUUCCUCGUCACAUCCUACACGCCCUUUACUAGCGACAACAUCGAACAAGCACGCACGGUCCGGAAAACCACAGUCCUGGACGUAAUGCGCCGUCUCCUACAGCCCAAAAACCGCAUGGUCUCGGUCACACCCAGCAAAUCCAGCUGCUACAUCAGCAUCCUGAACAUCAUCCAGGGCGAAGCCGACCCGACCGACGUGCACAAAUCGCUACUGCGCAUCCGCGAGCGCCGGCUCGCCUCGUUUAUCCCCUGGGGACCCGCUAGCAUUCAGGUAGCGCUUACCAAGAAAUCGCCAUACUUGCAACAUACGCACCGCGUCAGUGGCCUCAUGCUUGCCAACCACACCUCGGUGGCGACCCUGUUCAAGCGCAUUGUGCAACAGUACGACCGACUACGCAAACGAAACGCGUUUAUCGAUCAGUACAAAAAGGAAGCCCCCUUUGCCGACGGGCUGGGUGAGUUUGAUGAAGCAAAAGCCGUAGUGGUGGAUUUGAUCAAGGAGUACGAGGCAGCCGAGAAGGAGAAUUAUUUGGAUCCGGACGCUGGACAGAAAGAAGUCAUUGCAUAG